CGCCUCGGUUGCCCUUCUCUUUGCCCGUCCAUUCCGCGCCGCGGUCCUCGAUCCGGCCGCACGUGUCACUCGCAACCCUCGUCGUCGUUCCCCAGGUACCGCCCUGGGUCAAUCUCACCUUCGUGCCGAUCGCGGUUUGCAAACACUGCAGGCUUGCGGGGGGUUGAGGAGACGCACGAGUUGUUCGUGCAGCCCUUUCUUAAUUGCGGUGAUCACCGAUCAGUUUCGCGUACCUGACAACGACCGCGCAACCUCGAGAACUUGAAAUAACCUCGCUACGCGGUCUUCUUACUCAGGUCUCACCUUCCUUUGCACUCUAAGCACCCGGAUUAAGGCGAGGAUCGGUUCGAGAUACAAGACAUCCGUCUUCGCGGACCUUUGCAAACGAAUCGUGACGAGGGGGCGAAGAAAGAGAGAAGAAGAAUUUCAACGUUGGGCCGAGGGAAAGCCCGGCGUGUAAAACGUCGAGGAGACUUCUUCGAAGAAGGACAAGAAGAUGAAGCAGGAGGAGGUCCGAUCGCUGAUGGGAGAUAAUUUGUUAGUCGUAUAAAUUCCAUGCCCUCCAGACACGCGAAACGUCUGCCGCAAAAUGGUAACUUAUUCAACAUGUUUCUAGACUAAUUUCACUCAAUGACGUCGAAGCACUAAAACCUCUCUCAGCACGUUUCUUGCUGCAAUAUAUAAGAGUCCAAGUCGCGAGUCAGAGUAACGAGCGUGAAAUGUUUCUACAUAAGACUACAGCUCGGGGCUUCUGGGGCCAGGUUGAAUAAUUGAUUGGUGUUUACGGGAUGGUGGUUGCUGACAAAUGCUGCAAUGCCACUGCGAUGCCAGCCGGCGGCCGAGGUGCUGCUGGCUUCGGUACUGAAAGCAACCUUCCUCAACGUUUUAAAUCACCUCAUAAUAUUCGCCUCGAUAACAUUCAUUGCCUCGAGCAGCUCUCAGUCCCCGACUCGGUACGCCUCCCGAAUCGUUGAGACCAAAAGCGGACAGAUAAGGGGAAUCCUGCAGGAACCUAACGGUCGGCACCUGGACCCGGUCGAAGUCUUCCGCGGCAUUCCAUACGCGGCACCCCCCGUAGAAAAACUCCGUUUCAGAUCGCCGAGGCCUCCGCUGACUUGGGCGGGUGUUAAACUCGCGGAUACCUUUGGCUUAGUUUGUCCUCAAAACUACCCGGACGUAACCAAUCGGACAAUUGCUCUAGGGACGAUGCCACGGGGAAGAUUUCUCCAGCUGAAACGCCUUCUUCCGCUGCUCGGGAAUCAAAGCGAGGAUUGCCUCUUCUUGAAUCUCUACAUACCUGGAAGCGGUUCCCGAGGACUCGAGGCACCCUACGCAGUGAUCGUUUACGUACACGGUGAGAGCUUUGAAUGGGGUUCCGGAAAUCCCUACGACGGCUCGGUAUUGGCAAGUGCUGGUCACGUGAUCGUCGUAACACUGAACUACCGGCUUGGUAUAUUAGGAUUCCUAAGGACUCGUCCUGGUCCAGACACAACGGACGGUUCCGGAGGUAAUCUUGCCCUCAAGGACAUUGCUAUGGGGCUCCGAUGGGUGCGCGAUAACAUCGGCGCCUUUGGCGGCGACCCGACCAGGAUCACCCUAGUUGGACACGACACUGGGGCGGCUCUCGCCAAUCUCCUACUUCUGGCGCCCUACGGCAAAGAUUUGUUUCAUCGGCUGGUUCUUCUCAGCGGUUCCGCCCUAAGCCCCUGGGCAGCAGUACACGAGCCGGACGAUUUGAGGGUGAAAGUCGGGGAACAAUUCGAAUGUGCAGUUGAAACCGAAGCCGACAUCGCCGAUUGCCUUCGCGAAGUUCCCUUACAAAAUCUAAUGGAAGUAGAACUACCCGAAACAAGGUUCAUGCCGCGGAUUGGUCCAGGAUUACCGAUCGACGUGAACAGUCCUGACCCAAGCCACGACAUGGAGAGAGACAGCGGUAGUUUUGUGACGAUACCACUGAUUCUCGGCGUUACGACGGCCGAGAGUUACCUCGACUUCAACGCGAACGAUAUUCAGUAUGGCUUCGAGGAGGAGCAGAGAAACCGAGUGCUCCGAACGUUCGUCCGCAACGCGUACGUCUACCACUUGAACGAGAUAUUCUCGGCUGUGAGGAACGAGUAUACGGACUGGGACAAGCCUGUCCUACACCCAAUUAACAUACGAGACUCGACGAUGGAGGCACUGAGUGACGGUCACACCGUGGCUCCGCUGAUGAGGGUUGCGUUUUAUCACGCGAGGAGGGGUGCCAAGACUUUUUUCUACCAUUUCAACUAUCAGACGAAAGACAGCGAUUACCUGCAGCGACUGGGAAGCGUGAGGGGCGAGGAUAUACCCUACGUUUUUGGACUCCCACUCGUAUCCGGAGGUACCUUUUUCCCCCAGAACUACAGCCGCCAGGAUCAGGGCGUCGCCGAGGCUGUUCUUACAUUUUUUUCAAACUUUGCCAAAACCGGAAACCCCAACGAACCGCGAAACGUCGACUCCGUAGAUUAUGGAACGGUCAAAGAGAAGACCAGGUUUCGAGGUCUGACAUGGGAGCAGUACGAAACCGGAUCGCAACAGUAUCUUACGAUAGCUCUCAAACCGAAAAUGAAGAGCCACUAUCGGGGACAUAAAAUGGCGGUCUGGCUAAACCUGAUACCACAGUUACACCAACCUGGAGAUGACGACGUGACAAUGCGGCAUCAUCAUUUCCGCGAGAGAGGAGACCACCUCUACGCGGGACCAGUGCGCGACGAGUGGCACACACCGAUACUUCUUCCCGGCAACACGGUGACGACGUCUCUGUCGACGACCGAGUGCAGCUCAACCAUUGGCGAAGACGCGACCUCCGAGAUCGGGUCACCGUCUAGUGGCGUAAUAGACGGCGAGGAGAGAGUCAGAGAGAGACACGACGAGACGGAGCUUCUCCAGAGACUGGCGUCUCGCCACUACUACAGCACAACAACUGCCCUGGCGAUAACCGUCGGGGUUGGAUGCAUCCUUUUGAUACUGAACAUGAUGAUAUUUGCUGGUAUUUACUAUCAGAGAGAUAGAGAGAAAAAAAGAGCGGCUAGCGAGUGCACCCCGAACGGCCAUCAAGAGUCGGUACCGAUGACGACGCGGCCCUCCUCGCGCGACUCAAACGAGGACACAAGGUCCGAGGAGCCUCCACCCUCGUACACAACCCUGGCACGCUCCAGUCCCCCGCCACCCUCGUCUACUAUGCCAGAGCAGCGGCUUCUUCGGGACGAAAGUCUCAGAAAAAACGUGAAGAUCGUUAAGGAGCAUGGAACUCAUCCCCAGAAGGAUCCUGUGCCACCUAAACCACCCACGAGGACGACCAGCUCUUUGACCACUACCGGCAUUAAGAAAAGAGUUCAGAUUCAAGAGAUAUCUGUAUAGCAUUAGGGGUUGCCCUCCGCGGAGGGCAACUCCAGCUGUUCCGUAAAACGUGUUACUUUUGUGGAAUCACGAUUUUAACAGAGGCUUCGUUUCCUGCACCCCUGCACGCCUACGCGGGAAAAUUUGCGUGAAAACCCGUUAGCACUGGGUUGUAUUAUAUCCAUGGGGAACGGAAUUUUUCGCGAGUGUUACAGACUACAGACUUCAAAGUGAAUUAUACAGUGUAUAAAACGGAUUUAGACUCUUUAGAGCAAGCAGUUAAGAUGAUAAAAAAAAAUUGUCUGUUUCGUGACAGACUUGAGAUGUCACAUAUUUGUUAAUAAUAGACACCGAAAUCAUACGUGAUUAUAUAUGAUAUUUAUGCGAAAGAAAAGUGUAUAAUAGUCUUUUCCCUCCCAGUUCAAAGCCAUAUUGAUCAUGAGCUGUACGCGAUAUAUAAACUAUAAAGCGUAACUCCGUUAAAUUUAUUCUAAAAUAAUACGGUUGAUAUUGCUGUAAUUUAGAAGCGUAGCGUUUAUUCUACUGUAUCUGGAAAAUUAUCACCAUUGGUCGGGGAAACUGCGUAUUGUAUACGUAUCACCCAAAUAUGUAUCUGUACUUCGAAGUAUAAUGAAACUAUUACAAAAGAUUGUGAAACCAGAGUUGGCAUCAUAGCUCGGCACUUCAUGUAUUUAGUCGAGCCGACGUGUAUUAUGAAUUACACACGAAUCGCUCGUCAAAAUUGAAUUUAAAAAAAUUGUACCUAUGCAUACGACUGGAAUAAAAUAUCAUUCGAUUUGUAAAUUUCACGGUAGUUCAUACGGCAAUAUUGUAAUUAAUAAAUACCAAU